AUGGAGGUGCAAAGCCUAUCAAGCUUUGAUUUGGAUCCAGGUCCUGUUGAUCAAUCUAUAUUAGUAUGGCAACAUGAGCAUAGAUCAGCUGCAAUAUGGGAGGACGAGGUUCCUCCUCGUGAAUUGACAUGUCGGCACAAAUUAUUAGGCAUGCGAGAUUGGCCUCUGGAACCUCUCGUGUGUCGAAAGUUGAUCGAGUUUGGACUGUAUGGAGUGUACAAGGUUGCGUUUAUACAACUUGAUUAUGCUCUGAUAACAGCUCUUGUGGAAAGAUGGAGACCCGAAACGCAUACUUUUCAUCUUCCUGCUGGAGAGAUCACUGUGACUUUACAAGAUGUGAAUAUAUUGUUGGGUCUCCGUGUAGAUGGACCUGCGGUAACUGGUAGUACAAAAAACAACUGGGCUGAUUUAUGCGAGGAUUUGCUAGGUCGUAGACCAGGUCCUAAGGAUCUACAUGGUUCUCAUGUGUCCUUAGCGUGGCUUCGUGAUAAUUUUCGGAAUUUACCUGCUGACCCUGAUGAAGUUACGUUGAAGUGUCACACUAGGGCUUUUGUGUUAGCUUUGAUGAGUGGUUUUCUUUACGGGGAUAAGUCUAAACAUGAUGUUGCGUUGACGUUUCUUCCUCUGCUAAGGGACUUUGAUGAAGUGUCUCAGCUUAGUUGGGGUAGUGCUACGCUAGCACUUCUCUACAGAGAGUUGUGUCGGGCAAGUAAGAGGACCGUUUCUACCAUUUGUGGCCCUCUUGUUCUGUUGCAGUUAUGGGCAUGGGAACGAUUGCAUGUUGGUCGUCCUGGAAGACUUAAAGAUGUUGGUGCUUCGUAUAUGGAUGGCAUUGAUGGUCCUUUACCAGAUCCAUUAGGCUGUAGGUGGAGGGCUUCUCUGAGUCAUAAAGAGAAUCCACGCGGAGGACUGGACUUUUACAGGGACCAAUUUGACCAGCAGAAAGAUGAGCAGGUCAUGUGGCAGCCUUACACUCCGGAUCUUCUAGAAAAGCUUCCUCUUAUAUGUCUUAGUGGUCAAAACAUAUGGCGAACCGUCGCACCCUUAAUUUGUUUUGAUGUUGUUGAGUGGCAUCGUCCUGAUCGUGUACUGAGACAGUUUGGUCUUCACCAAGCAAUUCCAGCACCUUGUGAUAAUGAAAAAGCUCUUCAUGCUAUUGACAAAAGAGGCAAAUCAGAAUAUGACUGGUCAGCUCGUCAUAGUAAACAUAUCGAAUUGUGGGAGGCACGUGAGUCAACUGUUGCUUUUGGUGAACCAGAGUGUAUCCCAAUGGAUUAUAAUGAUCCUUAUAUGGAGUGGUACCGCAGAAUUACUAGAAGAAUCAUUAGUCCUAUGAACGAGAGGCGCCCUGGGCAGUUUCUACCCACUGGCUUUGCUUUCCAAGUGCUUGUUCAGAGAGUUGCAGCCAUUCAUGCUCGUUCUAAGGCUUCGCUUGAAGAGGAACUUACUGUUGACACCGCUAGACAAACAUUACAAGAUAUCGUUGAUAUGUGUGCAGGCGCCCUUCAACUCAAUGCACCUUUAGGCUCAUUAUCUAAUGGCUCUGUUGCUCAAGCUCCAACUCCAGAACCAUUUCUGAUGUUACCUCAACCUACGCCUACAGAAAUAUCGCAAAAGCCAUCGUCUGGAGAAAUCGUAUGCUUACCUUUGAAUGAAACUGGGACUGAUGAUGGUAUCUCUGUAGAACCCUUGGAAGUGAUGCCACCUGUUCAGGAUAUAGGAUGUGAGCAAUCAUUACCAUCAGUUUCUCAGAAACCUCUCUUCUGGCCUUCGGGAGGGAAGCUAACUUUCAGUUGGAUCUGUGAUGUAAUGUUGGGAUUUGAUUGGUCUUCGAGGAAUCUUCCACCUUGUGAAUUUUCAAGUGUUUUGCCUUUUAAUGUCUUGGAUGAGCUGGUCGUCUCUGCUUCCAAAAUCUUGAAAAAGGAGCCAAAUUGCGUUAGGAUAGAUAGUGACAAAGCAAAGGUCGUUGUGGUUGGAGAUCUACACGGGCAGCUACAUGAUUUGCUGUUCCUUAUGCAGGAUGCCGGAUUCCCGAAUGGUGACCAGUUCUACGUGUUCAAUGGGAAUUAUGUAGACAAAGGAGCGUGGGGUUUAGAAACUUUCUUGCUUCUUUUAUCAUGGAAGGUGUUUCUACCGGAAAGAGUGUAUCUUCUACGUGGCAGUCACGAGAGCGAAAGUUGUACAUCACUAUAUGGGUUUAAAAAUGAAGUGUUAACCAAGUAUGGAGAUAAAGGAGCAGCUGUCUACAAAAAGUGCUUGGAAUGCUUCCAGUUACUCCCUUUGGCUUCUGUGAUUGGUGGGAAGGUUUUUACAGCUCAUGGAGGUCUUUUUCGGGAUGUAUCAAGCUUUCUCUCAGAUAAACAAGAACGAAGCAGAAAACGCAAGCGAAGUCAGAAAAAGCAAGCGGAUAAUAGUGUUCUUGAAACUGAAGAUAGAUCUGAGCCCUUGCCUCUUGGCUCGUUGAAGGAUUUAUCCAAAGUAAAAAGGCGUGUUAUGGAUCCUCCUGCUGAAGGUUCAAACUUGAUUCCUGGUGACAUUCUUUGGUCAGAUCCGUCGAAGGACACCGGGCUCUUUCUUAACAAAGAGAAAGGCGUUGGUUUGUUGUGGGGUCCUGAUUGCACUGCAAAGUUCCUGCAAGACAAUGAGCUAAAGUUGAUCAUCAGAGGGAAGGAAGCUCCUGACAAAAGAGCAAACCGAGACGGUCUUCCACCUAUGAAUGACGGAUAUGUAAAAGACCAUGAAGGGCUAUUAACUUUGUUCAGUGCUCCUGAUCAUCCUCAGUUUCAGGAUACAGAGGAGAGAAUCAACAACAAAGGAGCCUACAUAAUUCUGCAAAUCCCCGAAUAUGAGGAGCCUGAAAUUCAUGUGUUCGAAGCUGUAUCUCCGAGACCAAAGGUGGAGGCGUACUAUGAAUAUAGAAGCCUGAUUCAUUCACCCAAAAAUUUAGUACACAACACUACUACUUCUGUUGAUUCACCAUCCUCAGCGCCUGGCGACAAAGAUUGUUUAAUAUCUUCAGAGAAUAAGUCCAUGGAUCUCUCUGAGCCAAUGGAAGUUGAAGAAAAAGAUGAUGUUAAUUCCAAGUGCUCAGAAUCUAGAACUGAUGAAGUUAUGGUUGAUUCUGGUGAUAAAGAUAUGGUUGAUUCUUCAGAAAAUAUUGAAAAUGGUUCCAAAGAAGCUGACCAUUCCGAAACUGAGGAGGCUAGGGAAGAUGAUGCAGUAGGAAAAACUGAAUCUUGCAGCAGAACAGAGACUACGUCUGAAGCUAUGGAAACUGAUGGGAAACUAGAAUCGAGUACUCCUAAACCUAUUGAUCUGGAACCGCCGCUAGCUUGUGAUCGGCAUGUAGAUUCGGGAAAAUCCCUAGAAUCUCGGACAGAAUUACCGGGAGACAUUAGACCAAUGGCAGUUGAUGAUAAACCUAGUGAUGAAAUUGCUGGUGAGUCUGAAUCCCGAAUUGGAGAAGAAAAUGAUGUAGAAGCCUCCAACUCUACCAAGAUUUCGGAAGAGAAAGCAGCCAAAGGAAUAAAUAGCGACUCUCUUGAGGUGUCAAAUAAUGUAACUGAAGAAGAGACUCGUGAUGCCAAAGUAGAUGACUGUAGUAUCACUGGUGAUGCUGCAGUGGAAUUAGAAAUCGCAUCUGAUGAGAAACCAGAAAGUGUAGUAAACGAAAUCACAGGGAACAGUACAGCUGAAUGUACGACAGAUAUAAACAGAGACAAAGCGACUGAUGGUGCCGAGAAGUUAGAAUGUUCAAACAGCAAACUCAAUUAUUCAGAGCCUAGCGAAGAUGUGAAUGGUGUGGUCAACACAGACUGUACUAAUUCAUCCAAAUGUUUAACCAGCAAGCCAGGUGGGUCUGAGCCAGUGGUGGCUCAUGAAAAGUUUACGAAUAACACAAAACCGUCUCAUGUUAAGGAUCAUGAAGAGUCUGCAAAUAAGCCGGAGAGAGUAAUCAAACUGGUUACCUAUUCUAAGCGUAGUAAGUCAUCCGACAAAAAACACAUGGUUGAUUCUAGUGAAGAUCCACAACAGAAGAUCAAGGAUGCUGUUGAUUCUAAGACCAAGGAUGCUCUCGACAAGUCACACUCAGUUCCAAAAGACUCGUGA